UAUGAGAAUGAGUUGGCCCUACGUCAGAGUGUAGAGGCUGACAUCAAUGGCCUGCGCAGGGUGCUGGAUGAAUUGACCCUGGCCAAGGCUGAUCUGGAGAUGCAGAUUGAGACCCUGAAUGAGGAAAUGGCCUACCUUAAGAAGAACCAUGAGGAGGAAAUGAAAGAAUACCAGAACCAGAUGGUGGGCCAGGUCAACGUGGAGAUGGAUGCAGCCCCAGGAGUAGACCUGACCCGAGUGCUUUCUGAGAUGCGAGAGCAAUAUGAAGCCAUUGCAGAUAAGAAUCGGCGAGAAGCUGAGGCCUGGUUCUUCAGCAAGACUGAAGAACUGAACAAAGAGGUGGCUUCCAGCACAGAAAUGAUCCAGACUAGCAAGACGGAGAUCACUGACCUGAGACGCACGCUCCAGGGGCUGGAGAUCGAGCUGCAGUCUCAGCUCAGCAUGAAAGCAGGGUUGGAGAGCUCCUUGGCAGAGACAGAGUGCCGCUAUGCCACCCAGCUGCAGCAGAUCCAAGGGCUGAUCAGCAACAUCGAGGCCCAGCUGAGUGAGCUCCGGAAUGAGAUGGAAUGUCAGAACCAGCAGUACCAGAUCCUGCUGGACAUCAAGACCCGGCUGGAGCAGGAGAUCGCCACCUACCGUAACCUGCUGGAGGGCCAGGACUCAAAGAUGGUUGGCUUCAGUACCAGAGAAGGUUCCCUUAGUGGAGGUGGUGGUAGCAGCAGCAGUAGCAGCAGCAGCAGAAUCCGCAUCAACAUGGAGGAGUCAGUGGAUGGGAAGGUGGUUUCUUCCCGAAAAAGGGAAAUCUAA